AUGGACGCAUAUUCCGGCUACAACCAGAUCCCGAUGCACCGACCAGAUGAGGAAAAGACAGCAUUUAUCACCCCAGACGGAACCUACUGCUAUAAAGUAAUGCCCUUCGGCUUGAAAAACGCCGGAGCCACCUACCAGCGACUUGUUAACAAGAUAUUUCGCAACUUAACCGGAAACAAAAUAGAAGUCUACAUCGAUGAUAUGCUCGCCAAAACGGAAUCCGGUGAGCAACUAAUCGACGAUCUAAAGGUCAUAAUGAACACCUUGCGAAAGCACCAAAUGCGACUCAACCCAACAAAGUGCGCUUUCGGAAUGGAAGCAGGAAAAUUCCUCGGAUUCAUGAUCACACAACGCGGAGUUGAGGCAAACCCGGAAAAAUGUCGCGCCGUCCUCGAGAUGACAAGUCCCAAGAACCUCAAAGAUAUCCAAAAGCUCACCGGCCGACUAACAGCACUAUCCCGGUUCCUCGGAGCCUCGGCACAAAAGGCAACCCCUUUUUUCAAACUUAUGAAAAAAGGGAUUCCGUUCAAAUGGGAGAAAGAAUGCGAAGAAGCUUUCCAACACUUCAAAAAGGUCCUAACAGAACCUCCAAUCCUCGCAAAACCUCAAACAGGGGAAACACUAUACUUGUACCUCUCCAUAACGGAAGAAACAAUCGCAGCAGCACUCGUCCGGAAAAACGAGAAAAAGGAACAAAAGCCCAUAUACUUCAUAAGCAAGGUGCUACAAGACACGGAAGCCCGUUUUUCACGACUAGAAAAACUGGCUUUCGCACUCCUCUCGGCAUCCCGACGACUACGACAAUACUUCCAGGCCCACCCCAUAACAGUCCGAACCGACCAAACGGUCAAACAAGUAUUACAAAAACCCGACCUAGCAGGAAGAAUGCUAGCAUGGUCCAUCGAGUUAUCCCAAUUCCAGAUCAGGUUCGAGCCCCGAAACGCCAUCAAAGCACAAGCCUUGACCGACUUCAUCGCCGAAAUGACUCCGACCAAGCUGACACCCGAACCAUGGAAACUGCACGUCGAUGGCUCAUCAAACUCCACUCACGGAGGCGCCGGAAUUAUACUCGAAAACCAAAAUGGGAUCACAAUUGAACAAUCAAUAAGAUACGACUUUCCAGUAUCAAAUAACCAAGCAGAAUACGAGGCCCUUUUGGCAGGCCUAAACCUAGCUCGGGAAGUCGGCGCCAAGGUAGUCGAAGUUAACACCGAUUCCCAGGUGGUAUGCUCCCAAAUCAACGGGAGCUACCAAACCCGGGACCCCCUGCUCCAACAAUACCUCAAAAAAGUAAGUGAAACAAAAGAAGGAUUCGAAAACAUCUCCAUACAUCACGUCCCCAGGGAGCGAAACGCCAGGGCGGAUCUACUUUCCAAGCUAGCCAGUACUAAGUCUGGAUACGGCAACAAAUCGCUAAUCCAGGAGGUCGUUAAGUCGCCUUCCGUAUCAACGGAAAUCAACGCACACCUAACAUCCUCAAAUCGGGAAUCUUGGACAUACCCGAUCUUGCAAUAUCUCCGCGACGGAAUCCUACCACCAGAUCCGAAAGAAGAGAGGAAAAUAAAAAGAGAAGCCGCUAACUACACCAUCAUAGCAGAACAACUAUACAAACGCGGAUUCUCGCAGCCCCUACUUAAAUGUGUAGAACCCAAGGACACGGAAUACAUACUCCGCGAGAUCCACGAAGGCUGCUGCGGUCACCACAUCGGAGGAAAAACGCUAGCCCAAAAAAUCAUCAGGGCCGGCUAUUUCUGGCCCACAAUCAUUCGAGAUUCCAUACAACUCACAAAAAGCUGCGACAAAUGCCAAAAGCAUGCCAAUAUCCACCAAGCCGCCCCACACCAACUCAGCGUUAUAUCGGCUGAACGGCCAUUCGGCAGUUGGGGAAUCGACCUCGUCGGGCCCUUCCCCACGGCACCCGGCCAACUUAGAUAUCUCAUCGUCGCCAUAGAUUACUACACCAAAUGGAUUGAAGCCGAACCCCUGGCCUCCAUCACGGCAACCCAAUGCCGGAAAUUCGUCUGGCGACAGAUCAUUACUCGGUUCGGAAUUCCCGAAGUCAUCAUCUCCGACAACGGAACCCAAUUCACAGACAAAAAAUUCAGAAAACUCUUAGAAGGAUUGCACGUAUCCCAUCGCUUCAGCUCGGUAGAACAUCCCCAAACAAACGGACAGGUGGAAUCCGCCAACAAAGUUAUCGUCAAAGGACUUAAGAAACGACUUGACGAAGCCAAGGGAUUAUGGGCAGACGAAUUGGGAUCAGUCCUAUGGUCAUACCGAACAACACCCCAAACGAGCACGGGAGAAACACCCUUCCGACUAACAUACGGCGUAGAAGCUGUCAUCCCAGUAGAAAUCGGGGACCCCAGCCCCAGGAAAACGGUUGGAGGUAACGACGAAGAAGCAGAACGAGAUCUCAUAGACGAAGCAAGAAGCAUAGCCCACGUCAAAGAAUUAGCACUCAAACAAAGGAUCAGCCUAAGGUAUAAUCACGGCGUUAUCCGACGAGAAUUCGCGGACAACGACCUCGUCCUACGACGAAACGAUAUCGGCCUCCCGACCCCAGGAGAAGGAAAGCUCGCACCCAACUGGGAAGGACCAUACAGAGUCAAGGCCGUAAUAGGAAAAGGAGCGUAUAAACUCGAACGACUAGACGGCAGCGAAAUACCAAGAACUUGGAACGCAGCCAACCUACGAAGAUACUAUACUUAA